UCCUGAACGAGGUCAUUUUGGUGCAAGUCAAACCGGAAAUACGCGUUGGCACGUGACUAGAUGACGCGCACGCGGAACGGGAAGUAGAGCAAAAUAGGCAAGGGACCCGGAGGUGGCUGUGCCGUCUCUCGCCCAAAGCAUGAGAAAGUUCAGCGUCCACAGCAAUAAUACUUGCAAACGUUGCUGUCGUUUUAGGGUGUUUCUCCACGUGACGCCGCUUCUGAACGCGCCUCCUCACCUGUGAAGAUGUAACCCGCCAACUUGAUGGACACUGCUCAGCUGCUCGCGACCCAAGCUCCGUUUUAACGCUCUUUGCAUCCACACAGAACAUGGAGACUCGCUUCACCAGAGGCAAGUCUGCCAUAUUGGAGCGGCCGCUCACUCGACCCAAAACCGAGGUGAGUUUGAGCGCCUUCGGCCUGCUGUUCUCCGAGAUGGUCCAGUACUGUCAGAGUCGGGUCUACUCGGUGUCCGAGCUCCAAGCCCGGCUGGCGGAGAUGGGCCAGAGUGUCGGUGCCAGCCUGCUGGACGCGCUGGUCCUGCGUGAGAAGAACGGCAAAAGGGAGACCAAAGUGUUGAACAUACUGCUUUUCAUCAAGGUUUCUGUGUGGAGGGCUCUGUUUGGCAAGGAGGCGGACAAGCUGGAGCAGGCCAACGACGACGAUAAGACCUACUACAUCAUAGAGAAGGAGUCCCUCGUCAAUACGUUCAUCUCCGUGCCCAAAGAGAACAGCACCUUAAACUGUGCUGCCUUCACAGGAGGGAUUGUCGAGGCCAUCCUCACCCAUAGCGGGUUCCCCGCCAAGGUCACCGUUCACUGGCACAAGGGCACCACGCUCAUGAUCAAGUUUGAUGAGGCUGUGAUUGCCAGAGACAAGGCACUGGAGGGCAGAUAGAGAUGGGAAGACAAGGAGGUGUGUGUGUGUGUGUGUGUGUGUGUGUGUGCAUAUGUGUGUGUGCAUAUGUGUGUGGAAGGUACAGUGUUUUCAUUGUAUUCAAAAGGUGUACUUUGAAUAGCCUGCCAGGUUUGUUGGGGGAGGAGUCAAUGGAAGUCAACUGUUUUGUUGGAGAAUGGUGAACUGUAAAUUGACUUAAGGAGCCCAUUUUACAGCCACAUGGUAAAGAAAGAGAGUAAUGGUGACACCGUUGUAGAUGAGAUGUAGUUAUUUGUCUGUUACUGUUAGAUACACUUGUUUACUGAUAAGCUACUUCGUUGCAAUGGAAACCAAGAGUUGCCUGAACCAACUGGAAACAUUAAUGGCAAUGUGUCAAAACAGGUGAUUUAUUUUUAAACAAAAAUCCUAAAAUCCAAAGCUUUACUGUUGACAGCCAGUAAAAACAAACCGUGUCACAAGUGCAACGUGUUGUUUGGUGGGAAUUGAGAUAAUGAGUAAGAAAUUAUGAAUCCUGUGCCGAGAAUUGGCUGUUGUUUCGGGUGGAGGAGAUGCACCGUGAUCAGAAAAGCCGAUGCAAACAAUGUUGUGCCAUACAUGGAAAUUCUUCUUGAUAAAAUGACAAAAAUAAAUGAAGUGUAACGUA